AUGGAUAUGGUUGACCAUCCGAAUGAUUUCUAUCUUCAAAUCUUUCGUUUACCUGUAUUAAAAUAUUGUAAAUUAUCAUUUGGUAAAAACUACCAAUUGGAAUCGAUUCCGAUGGCAACUAAUCAAUACAGUUCUAUUGAACAUCUUAUCAUCAGAUGUAGUAUUCAACUCAAUGUUCUUUAUCGUUUUUUAUCUUAUGAUCCUCAACUUUGUCGUUUAUCGUGUCAAUCUUUUGUUGGAUAUGGCGAUGCAUCAACAGAUAUAAUAAUUCUACCGAAAAAUGUCACACAUGUGUCUCUUGAUCUCUAG